GCAUAGCACAGUGCUAGACGCGCGGCCAGAGCUAACCCCACAGCGUCACUCCUGCAGUUACCGUGAAGCCAAUGACAGGAUCUGCUCACCACCCUUCAUGGAGCUCACGAGCCUGAGUGGAGACGACACUAUGAGGCUCCUGGAGCAGAACGGCCUGGCGUUCCCCUUCAUUUGCAAAACCAGAGUGGCUCAUGGCACCAACUCUCACGAGAUGGCCAUCGUGUUCAACCAGGAGGGCCUGAGUGCCAUCCAGCCACCCUGUGUGGUCCAGAACUUCAUCAACCACAACGCCGUCCUGUACAAGGUGUUUGUGGUGGGCGAAUCCUACACUGUCGUCCAGAGGCCCUCUCUGAAGAACUUCUCUGCGGGCACGUCAGACCGGGAGUCCAUCUUCUUCAAUAGCCACAACGUGUCGAAGCCGGAGUCCUCAUCGGUCCUGACCGCGGCUGUUCUCACCAACAGCAUCCACUUUAGGCCCCUGCCCCUGGGCCUUACUCCCCCCUUCCUGUACUGGGGGCAUGCACUUGCCUAUCACCUCCUGCCCACCCCCCCCACCCCCCCGGGCCGCCUGUUCAUGUCUCGUGUCUGGUUCCUCUGA